CAAGACGAGCAGAGCACCUUGCCAAAUCCUGAUCUUCUCCAGGGCAGCUGGCAUGUGUUCCACAAGCCAUCGACAUGGCUUCAUCUCCUCGGAUUUGUCAGCUGUCCGGAGCCCGCUUUUGUUUGCUGAUCUAUUCAGAAGUACUCCACCUCCGAUCUUUUUGCGAAUAAUAGACGGACAUGGAGAUAGGCAUCGCCAUGUAGCCCAGGCACAGGUUCGUUUUUCGCCUGACUCCUGGCAUCUCUUGUUUUUGCCGAACAAUGGCAGGAGUACAGAGAAAGAUGUUCACCACCUGUCCUUGCGACGAGCAGGACUCUAUUUUUUGCCUUUGUAUGAGGAGAUCGCAGAUCCUUCGAACUGCGGCAUUGGCUUGUGCCAGCACUCUGCAGGUUUCGUAUGUAUUUGCAGGUGCACGGGCACAGAUGUUCAGGAUCCUCUAGCCAAGAAGAGCCCACCUGAUCGAAAGGCGGGAUCGGGCAGCGCUAAUGCGCCACCUACUGCUACUGGGAAAACAAUGAGGAACAAAGCGCGCUGCCAUUAGAAAAGGAAAACUGCGCAAAAUGCCAGGCAGCAUGCUGGGCAGAAGGCGCUCGCCAAGGAUUCAUUUCGAGCCGGGACGGAGGACAAAGGACCUCGAUGUGGGACAAUGCUAAGCCAAAUUGUAUGGCUUUCUAACGAUGUUGUCAAGCGGCGCGGGUUAUGGCUAUUCGUUUUCGAUCGCUGCGACAUGCCGUCGGUGGUCUGGCCACAGACA